UUAUCUCUGUUGUAUACGCACAGCAACGCACAGUGUCGCACAGUACUAACACUAACAGCUGCGUUCUGCAUUCUACGUUGUGUGGAUUGCGAACAUCCCUACGAAGUUUUAGUUUAUAAAGCGUAUUGUUGUUUUCGAAACGUUAACGAGCGUUUAGAUAUAAUAAUGACGUCUGUAGAUUCGGGAAUUGAUAUGAGUAACAAUUCAAAUGACUGUUUGAUUAAUCAGGACGAUCGGGAAAGAAUUAACAAUGAUUCGACACAGGUUGAAGGAAACGCUCCUCCGUUCCUUAUAUCAGAUAAACAUGUUUCAUGUUUUACGGCCCAAGGUUCCUUGACCGAAUAUUCUCAACUGAGAAGUGGUCCACAACGUAUAACUCUCACUUCCCGCCCUAUAGGUCUGAAAUUAAAUAAAAAACGGAAAGUGCAGGCAUUUCCCUACUAUAGGAAGAGCUUUGUGUACAACAGACAAUUUGUAGGGAAGCAGGUGAACUUUAUUAGUCCAACUGACACUACUGAUUUUCGUGGAAGAACUCCUCUUCAUCUUGCUGCUUCCAAAGGCAGCACAAAAAUAGUUUCUUUUUUACUAGAACAUGGUGCAGAUCCUAAUCUUCGUGACGUUAUGGGCAACACUCCAUUGCAUUUAGCAGUUGCAGCAAAUAAGAUGCCCGUGGUGAUGCUUCUUCUGAAGGCAGGAGCAGAUGUUACGUGUUUGGAUCACGAGGGUAACAGUUUGUUGAAAUUAGCGCAGAGAAAAUUGUCGUUAUUACAAAAUUGUGCAGACACAGAAACAUCAAAGAUUAAAGAGGAAGUUCAAAGCAUAAUCGAUAUGUUGGUCUCUUGUUUGCAACAACAGAAAGAUAUCGAGGCCGACAGAAAGAUUGAGACGCUCGUCAGUAUUUAUUCGCGUUUGAUUUUAUCAAACACACCAAAUAAAGUUCAAAGCGACGUAAAAGAUCUGUUAGCUAGUUUAGAUGGUCUGUCAAUAGGUAAUCAACCCGCGGACUGUUAAUUAUAUUGUCAGAUCGAACAACGGUACAAAACUGAAUGAAACAAACGUAACAAAACAAGCGAAAAAGUAUGCAGUGGAUUUAUUACUCUUAGUAAAGUUCACGUUUCGUUUGAUUUGCUUAUAUGGCGGUUACUUACUAUGUUAUAGAUUACGUCGUUUUCAUCGUCACAUACAGUUGCAGGUAUUAGACAAUUGUUUAAGUCACUAAAUAAAUCAUUGAGUGAAAUUUAAGUUAAAUAAUAAUAUUUAUGUUGCAAGUAUAUCUUUUAUAUCAAAAGGAAAUAAAAAGUUUAAUGUUCAACAGUAAAUAUCGUCGCUUUAUACAAUCUCUUACAAAAUAUUUUAACUUAAAUAGUACCAAAACAAUUUUGUUUAAACUGGAUCAUUUUUUAUGAUUACUUGAUAAAAAGAAAAUAGCGAGAGUUCUUAAAGUAAAUGAGAAAAUAAAUUCAGGACGUUUUCACAGUGUACUCUUGAACAUUAAAUAGUAUGUAUAAUGUAACAGAAAUUAUAUACAAUCGCGAUACUUUUAUAAAAAUAGGAGUGAUUAAUUGUAGAAGAUGGUAGUUAUAUUGUCUUCUGUAUGUAUGUGUGUCUAUGGAUGUAUAAAUAGUUUCUGCAGUAGUUGAUAUACAAAUUGUAAAUAAGUAAUUCCCUGUUAGUGGUACUUAUAGCAGAUGUUUAAGGAAAAAUAUCUCGGUUUAUAGGAACUAACAUUUUUAUAAUUAAUUAUGUAUUCUGAUCGAGCGUACGCAAGACAAUUUGUAUUUUUCUUACACUGUAAUAUAGUUUCUAAAUUUAUAUUCUUCAAUUCUGUAAUUUAAAAUCGAAAUAAUCGUCGUUGUAUGAGACUUGGUUUGACUCAGUAGAUUGAAACGAAUUCUGUUUUGACUUGUGCGAAUAUCAGAAUAUAUGUAUACAUAUAUUUACAACAGA